CUCUGAAAGAUUGAAACUGCUGAAGAGACUUCGGCUCUCAGACAUCUUCGUCGACAGGGCGUGUGUGGUAGCUAGAGCCUAGAGGCUCGGGAAGCCAUGAGCUUGAUCAGCAUGAUGGAGGCGCGGCUGCCCCCGGGGUUCCGGUUCCACCCCAGGGACGACGAGCUCGUGCUCGACUACCUCUGCCGCAAGCUCUCCGGCAAAGGCGGCGGCGCGUACGGCGGCAUCGCCAUGGUCGACGUUGAUCUCAACAAGUGCGAGCCAUGGGAGCUUCCAGACGAGGCGUGCGUGGGCGGCCGGGAGUGGUACUUCUUCAGCCUGCACGACCGCAAGUACGCGACGGGGCAGCGCACCAACCGCGCCACGCGCUCCGGCUACUGGAAGGCCACGGGCAAGGACCGCCCCAUCUCCAUCUCCGGCCGCCGCCUCGUCGCUGGCGCCGGCGGCGCGGGCGUGGUCGGGAUGCGCAAGACGCUGGUGUUCUACCAGGGCAGGGCGCCCCGCGGGAGCAAGACGGAGUGGGUCAUGCACGAGUUCCGCGUGGAGGGUCCGGCCGUUGCCGUUGCCGGCCGCCCCUGCUCACCUCUCAAGGAGGACUGGGUGCUGUGCAGGGUGUUCUACAAGAGCAGAACCACCACCGCAAUACCAGCAUGCCCCGACGAGACGUCGUCACUGCUGUCCGGCGAGCUGAUCAGCCUGCCGCUGCCGCAGAUGCCGUCUGCUGAUGCCUACCUCGCCUUCGAUCACGGCGCGGUGGCCGCCAUCGGCGGCUACUACCAGCAAGAUGACGACGCUGGCCUCCCGGCGUCGCACCACCAACCUGCGCUGCCGCUAGACAAGAGCCUGGCGAGCUUCAGGGACCUGCUGAGCAGCAUGGUGGAAGGCGGCGACGGUGGCGGCGCGGUCGCCAAGACGGAGCUCCACCAGGACUGGACGGAGGCGGCCUACGCGCAGCAGCAGGGCGGCGUGCUGCUGCACUCGCAGCCGGCGUGGAACCCGUUCCUGAGCUCUGGAUGAGUGCACGCGGCUAGGCUAAUGUGUGCGUGACUGCGUGGCGUGGCAGGCAGUGUGCGUGUAUAGUGGGUAGUGAGGAGCUUGCUCGUCGUCUUCUCUGUAGCUUGAUCUGGUUACUUAGUGUGAUCUCUGCCGUUUGUUAGCUGUAGGGUAGCAACCCACACGAUGGAUAGGUGGAAUGGCUUGGUGCAGUAACUUUUGUACAAAGGAUUGUUACAGAAAAUUACUUCUUUUUUGUUGUACCACAAUUUUUAACCCU